AUGUCUGUUUUUAACUCCAAAGUCACUUCGACAGGGCCUCUUUCCGAGGAAGACGCCCGCUGGAUCAAGCUCUCCAAAAUCACAUACCAAGAUCCCAACGGCUCUUCGCGAUCAUGGGAAUCAGCUGAGCGCCGCACCCGUCCUAAAGACGCAGACAUUGACGGCGUCGGCAUCGUAGCCAUUCUCGAAAAGUCCUCUGGGCCAGAACUCAUUCUGCAGAGGCAAUACCGCCCGCCCAUCGACAAAGUCACCAUCGAAGUCCCGGCGGGUUUGAUAGAUGCGGGCGAAACAGCCGAGGAGUGCGCUGUGCGGGAGCUGCGCGAGGAGACGGGGUAUGUAGGCAAAGCGAGUGAGACAUCGCCGAUGAUGUUCAACGAUCCUGGGUUUUGCAACACAAACUUGAGGAUGGUGCAUGUCACUAUUGAUAUGGAACUGCCUGAGAAUCAGGAUCUGAAGCCGCAGUUGGAGGACAGUGAGUUCAUUGAGGUGUUUACGGUGAAGUUGGCGGAUUUGUGGGAGGAGUGUAAGAGGCUUGAGGCGGAGGGCUGUGCAAUUGAUGCGAGAGUUGGGACUUUGGCAGAGGGGAUUUUGCUGGCUCAAAGAUUCAAGUUGUAA